AUGUCAACUGCAAUCUCAUCUCCAAAUAUGAUCUUAAAAAUUAAAACUCGACCUUCAACGCCUAUGAAACGUCGUUGUUUAACAUCACUUCAAUGUAAUGUAAGAAAUAAUAUUAAUAUUCAACAAGGAUUACUUGAUCUUAUUGAUCGUCUAAAAAAUUCAACUGAUUCAUCAACACAAUUACUUAUACGUUUAUAUCAUCAUAAAUCUGUUCGUCUUAAUGAUCAACCAGAAAAAUUAUAUUUAUUUCAACAAGAAAUUUAUUCUGGACUUCGUCGAUUACAUCCAUCAAUUAUAGAUUCUUCGUUAUUAAAACAAGAAAAUCAAUUGUAUAUUGUUCCACAACCUAUUAUUACAAGUCGAUCUGCACAAGCUACUAUUCGAAAACUUCAUUGA